AUGUCUUCCUCCUCCUCCACCUCCCCCCCCGUCCCCAAACCGCUCUUCCACGCUGAGCUCCUCCCCCUCAUCCGCUCCGUCACAAUCUGCAUAACUCUCCCCACGCCGUCCACGCCCACCACCCGCCUCACCCUCACAUCCCCCACCGAGCUCCUCCUCGCCCACAACGGCACAUCCACGCCCCUCCCGCUCCCUGGCGCCGUCGCCAUCCGCGUCGCCGCCGCAACCCUCCGGGCAUCCAUCCCCGCCGGCGAAAAAACACUCUCGUACCGCCUCCCCAUUGCAGCUCCCGCCGCUGCCGCACCCCCAAGCACAGAGCCCGCCGAGAACUAUGUGCCGUGGUCUGCACCUGUCCUGGUACAGGCGGGGAAGAGCGUCUCGCUCAUGUGCAAGGCGUGUGCGUGUGUGAUUGUUGACGGUACAAGCGUGAAGAAUUGGAAGGAUCUGCCGUCGGGGAAUUGGGCGGAGAUGAUGGAGUUCUGGCAUUGCCAUAAGCCGGGGCCUGAUAAGAAGAAGCAGCAGCAGCAGACUAAUGGGGUUCAUACCAAUGGUGUUCAUGCCAAUGGUCAUACCAAUGGUGGUCAUACUGCUGCUACUGCUGCUCCUACCGCUGCAGCCGCCGCGACGAAUGGCGAGGGGGCGAGGUAUGGUGCUCUCCAGGGAGGGUUUGGGGCCGAAGCUGGCACGGUGCUAGUGGAUUUGACGUAUUUUUUGGUUGCGCAGGCGGAUUGUGUCGGUGUGCAGGUUGUUGAGUCAACCCAAUACCCGCACGGCCUCUACUGCACAAACUGCAAAGCCCACCUCGGCGCCACGGACCCGCAGACACACAGCUACAGCCUCAACAAGUGGAAGCUCAAGCUGCACCUCUCCGCGCACGGCAUCAGCGAGGAGUACUCCUACCCAGUAGAGCCCUUCCUUUCCGCCAAGCUGCUCGCGCUCGCCGAGGGCGAGGGCGUGCGGCGCAUGCUCAUCUCCUCUUCUUCCUCACCUGAGGAGAAGAACAAGCUGCGUCUGUGGCUGUUUAGUACGGACGUGAGGUACACGAGUAGCGCGGUGGAGAGGCCGAUGAGGGCUGUCAAGGUGUUUUAUCAGGAGGAUGAUGGACAGGUGGGUGGAGAUGGACAGCAGCAGCAGCAGCAGCAGCAGCAGGGGACGGCGAUGGGGAGUGGCGGGUUCGAGGAGGUGAGGUUGCAGGGGGAGAUGGUGGUGGGGUUGAGGGAGAGGUUGGAGGAGGGGUUGGGGCUGGAGGUUGCGGCCGGGGUCGGUGUUGGCGGCUUUCACGGGUGGAAGGUGGGCUAUCUCAUGAGGUUUGAGAGGGAGAAUACGGUUGUGAGGGGGUUGGUUGGAUAG